GUGCGAGCGAAGGAGCCAAGUCCGGCGCCAUAGCCUCGCGCCCUGCCGCGCCCGCUUUCGCGGUGGGUUUGUGGCCUUUCAAGCUUCCGCCACGACCAGCAGCGGCUGGCGGGGUUAAGUAUUUGCUUGCAAUAGUUCGGCGCCACAAAUCCCGCGGAGCGCGUCACGGUGUUCGGGCGCUUCGGAGAAAGAAUGGCGGAGGUGGGGGAGCGCUUGGGCCGUGGCGAGUCUGGGAGGCUGUGGACGUAAAGAG